AUGAAAUCUGGACGAAGAGCCCUGGAACCAGUCAAACAGAAAACGCUGUGCGCUAGGCCCUAUCAGGUGGAAAUGGCCGAAAUCGCGAAACACGAGAGCGUCAUCAUUAAGCUGAAUACAGGCCUGGGCAAGACUUUCAUCGCCGUCAUUGUCAUCAAGCAUCACUUGCCCGAAACCUACAAACCGCUCGCCGAAGGUGGCAGGCGAAUUGUCUUCAUAUGCAAGACUGGUAAGAGUUUGCUGCCCAUAGUUUUAUUAUUUUAUUAUGUUCGUUUAAUUCACUGCCUAAUUACUUUGCCAAGAUUGCUGCCCAUCGGCGGUUUUCAGUCCUAG